AUGAGUAGUGUCAGAAUAAAGACACUAACUAGAGCCAUACGAUCAUGCUAUACGCAUGUACGGACGAGAAACAUUGGUAUCAUUGCCCACAUUGAUGCUGGGAAAACAACCACUACUGAACGAAUGAUCUACUAUAGUGGGAAGACCAACAGGAUAGGGAACGUCGAUGAGGGAGAUACAGUGACAGAUUAUUUACCUUCGGAAAGAGCACGAGGAAUCACAAUCCAACUGGCAGCAAUCACCCUCCCGUGGAACCAUCACAAGAUUAAUAUCAUAGAUACGCCUGGCCAUGCCGAUUUCACAUUUGAGGUGAUUAGAUCAUUAAGAGUACUUGAUGGAGUAGUUACAAUUCUUGAUGCUGUUGCCGGAGUUGAAUCCCAAACGGAAAAAGUCUGGAAGCAAGCAAGUGCAUUGAAAUUACCAAGGAUCGCAUACAUAAACAAAAUGGAUCGUCCUGGUGCAGGUUUCAGUAGAACUGCCAAGGAAAUCAUUUCAAAGUUAGAAACCAGAGUUGUGUUGUGCAAUAUUCCUUAUUUUGAAACAUCCAAGGAAAAUGAUAUUGUAUUCAAAGGUGUGAUUGAUGUGAUUCAAAAGAAGCUUUUACAAUGGAAUGACACUGAUUCGUUUGGAAACGAAAUCACCGUGGUUGACAUUGAAUCUUCCAAGGACACCAGACCUGAACUUUACGAAAUGCUUAGUAAGUCAAGAGAAUCAAUGGUAGAAACUCUUGGAGAAUUUGACGAAUCAAUCAUUGAUGCCUUCUUGGAGCACGAUGAAGACUAUUUGAAAAUUCCAUCCCAAUUGUUGGACCAGGUCAUUAGAAAAGCCACCAUUGCCAACUACUUAACACCAGUUCUUUGUGGAUCUUCAUUUAGAAACAUCGGAGUGCAACCAUUAAUGGAUGCCGUUACCAAGUACUUACCAUCUCCAUUGGAAACUUCUAUUCCUGAUAUAACUUGUAAUACUACUACGUUGGCAAAGGGCAAGAACAAGAAUGCUAAAAAGGACACGGAAGUGCAAAUGUUUAUGGAUAAAGAAAAGGGAUUAACAGUGAAGGAUAACAAAAACUUGACUCUUGCAUUGGCAUUUAAAGUUCUUACCCACAAGACCCAUGGACCAAUGUGCUUCUUCAGGGUUUACAGCGGGAGACUCAGUACUAAUACCAACAUAAUAAACACCAGAACCGGGAAGAAAUUACUCAUCAGAAGACUCUCCAUUAUGAAUGGUGAAGCACCCGAAGAGGUUAAAUUCAUUAACUCAGGGAACAUUGGUGUGAUUAUUGGGUAUGAAAAAGAUUUCCAAACCGGGGAUACUAUUGUAGCACUGGGUCCCACCAAGAAAAACUUCACUGCAAUUGAAUCCAAUUUGAAACUUAUGCCAAUUGAUAUUCCGCCUCCAUUAUUCAAUUCCGCCGUUGAACCAAAUACAUUUGGAGAUGAAGCGUAUAUGAACCAAUGCAUAGAAACACUUGUUCGAGAAGAUCCAUCAUUGAAGGUGUCGUUUGAUGAAGAAUUGGGACAGACUAUCCUUAGUGGUAUGGGAGAAUUACAUCUUGACAUUGUUCGGGAAAGAUUGGUAAAGGACAUGAAAGCCAAGGUUACCAUGAGGGACGUGGCUGUAUCAUAUAAAGAAUCUUUUGUUGGUUCACAAAGAACGGGUGAAUACAAGAAUGAAGAUGGAUCUCUUCAUGUUCGUGUGACUAUGAGUCCAUUAGAAGGAAAAGCACAAGAUUCUCAUUAUACUGAGGAAGAUGGAGCAAUUAUCUUUGAAGAAGACAACAAUAUUAUUAUCCUUACCGAAGAUUGUUGUUCAGAAACAAUGAAAGUUGCAAUUGAGGAAAAUAGAUGGAAGUGUGAAACUUCGUUUGAAGAUUUAGAAGAAGUGCUUAUAAAUGGAUGUUUGACUGCGUUACAAAUGGGUGGACCCAAGUUGGGAUUUGCAUUACAAUCUACUGUGAUUAGGGUUGAUUUGUGGAACUUCCCAGUUAGUAAUGUCGCUGCGAAUGCAGGUGAAUUAUUAAAUGCUUCAAGACUCGCAGUCAGAAGGAUAGUAGAAAACAACGAAAGCGAAUUUACCAUUCUUGAACCAAUAAUGACGACCAAAGUUUAUGUCGACUCGUCAAACUUGGGCGAAGUUUCCCAUGACUUGACGCAACGAUGCCAAGGAGUAAUCGUUUCCAUGGACGAUGAUGUUAUUGACAGCAACGAGAACGCCAAUUGGGCAAGUGAGGAAGCGGAAAACAUCUAUCUACCACCAGAUUACACUAUGACAAAGUCCAAUACUCAUUUGAAUAAAGGAAACAAGAAGAUCAUUGUUGCUGAGACUCCAUUACGUGAAAUGAUUGGAUACUUGUCCAAAUUGAGAUCAAUUACUCAAGGUAAAGCAACUUUCGAUAUGUCUUUCCUUGACAUGAGACGAGCAGUAGGAAAUAGAGCUGAUGCUAUUGUUGCUCAAUUCCGCUACAACUGAUAUAACAUAGAUAAAACAUGUACAUAGUAAAAGCUAAUAGAUUUAUAUUCCAUUGUCGACUG